GGGAUACACACGCGAUGGCAUCAACAAUGCCAUCACCAUCAUGCCUCCUGGUGUUCCAUGGGAUACUCCUCAACGAAAUAGUGUCAUUCAUUUCAAAAUCCAGAACCUAUCAAAUAAAGAUGUCUCCGAAAAAACUGGUGUCCCUUCUCGAACUGUGAGCAGGAUAUUCAAUGCAUUUCUUGAGGUAGCAGCACGUACUCGUCAUGUGCAAAACCACACUGGUCGGCCCAAGAAGAUAACUCCUGAAAUGAUAAAGUCAGUGAUCCCACAGCUCAAUUGCUAUUGCAUGCGUUCCCUGAGCUGGGAAGAGCUCUUAGAAGAGCUUGGAUGGGAGAUAUCUUCUCGCACAUUACAGCGGGAGAUGAAUAGACAUGGUUAUUUCAAGCAUCAGGCUUCAAAGAAGAGAUACUUGACUGCAGAGCAACAACACAAAAGAGCCAAUUUUGCAGCAGAACACCAGCAUUGGGACCUCAAGAAAUGGAAAUCUGUCUUCUUUACUGAUGAGGUACAUUUUGCCCUCAAUAUGACUGGGACAGACUGGGUCAUUCAGACAAAAGGAGAGUGUUACUGUGUGGAAUGCAUACAAUUCAACUUCAAAAAAUCACCAGCAUUAUUCCAUUGUUGGGCCAUGGUUGGCUUUGGGUACAAAUCCAAGCUUGUUUUCUAUGAUACAGCUGCUCGAGGAGGCAAUUUGACACAGGAAGAAUAUAGGGAUAAAAUUCUAAAGGAGCACGUAGCUCUAGAAUUCAAAAGGCUUCAGCAAGAAGGUCAAUACAAAAUCCUACAAGAAGAUGGAGAUGGCAGCCAUGGAACCCAAAGCUUGUGCAAUCCUGUUCGAGAAUACAAGAAUGAUCAAGGCAUCAACCAUUUCAUGAACUGGCCACCAUAUUCAGCAGACCUGAAUAUUAUUGAGAAUGUAUGGAGGAUUUUGAAACAACGGGUAAAGCGCUGGAAGGCUCGCACGGAAGAGGAGCUCAAGAAUGCUAUCUUAGUUGAAUGGGAUACAAUCAGUCAGGAGGAAAUCAAUAAGCUUGUUGAAUCUGUGCCACAGCGCAUUAGAAAAAUGUAUGAGCGACAGGGGAAUCAUACAGGUCAUUAAUUAGCUGA